AUGGGUUGUACAUCGUCAAAGGAAAAAGUGUGCCGGAAUUGCCAGGGGUCUUAUUCUCCGGUGAGGCGGAGCCACUCAAUGCACGUGCACCACCUGCCUCAAGAUACAGGGGAUAGCUACCACUUGGUGUCUCUUACUUCCUCAACAUUAGGUUCUUUGAAGCUUGAUGAUCCAAUUAUUCAGAAUCGAAGUUCCAUAGAAGAAACUCCGGUUGCAAAUAAGGAAAUCGAUAAAGAAAAGGCGGUGAAAGAGGAGUUUGCAAUGGGGAUGAUUGAGGCCAAGACUUGGUCUAAGAUGAUCAAUGAGAAAAUCCCAAAAAUAGUUCCCAAAACGCCCAUUAGGACUCCUCCGGGCGAGCCAGAAUUGAUCAAUGCUUGGGAGUUAAUGGAGGGUCUUGAUGACAUUAGUCCUCUCAGGCCCUCGCAACAUCUUCGUAGCUUUUCCUUUCGUAUAUCUCGGAAUCCUAAUUUGUCCGUUCUUGACGAGCAACCAACGCCAAGAGUGAAAGAGAAUGGCGAAACGCCACCUAAGCCUUUGUGGCUCGAAAUGACCGCAGACACUGAUUCUGGUUCGAAUGAUACAUCUAUUCUUUCUAAAUUUGAUCCUGAAGUGAUUGCUUCUUUUAGAAAAGCACUCGAAGAGGAUCUCCCUCCGUCUAGUCCAAUUCAUCUCAAGCAAAUGGACAGUGAAAAGAUUGCGCCGUGUGGUCCUGGUACAGACAAGUUGAUAGUAUACUUCACAAGCCUAAGAGGGGUGAGGAAGACAUACGAGGAUUGUUGCCAUGUUAGAGUGAUCCUAAAAGGGUUAGGUGUUAAGGUCGAUGAGAGGGAUGUAUCGAUGCAUUCGGGGUUCAAGGAGGAAUUGAAAGACUUAUUGGGAGAAGGAUUCAAUGCCGGUGGCUUGCCGCGAGUUUUCUUGGGAAGAAAAUACAUAGGCGGAGCUGAGGAAAUACGCCGGUUGAAUGAGGACGGAAAGCUAGAGAAAAUUGUUGAAAGUUGUCAAUUGAUGGACGAUGGUGGCGGAGGUGGAGGAUACGGUGGCGGAGUUUGUGAAGCGUGUGGGGAUAUUAGAUUCGUGCCAUGUGAAACAUGUUUCGGGAGUUGUAAAAUCUAUUACGAUGAUGGUUAUGACGAUGAAGAAUACAAUGGAAGUGAGAAUGAAUACGGUUUUCAUCGGUGCCAGGAUUGUAAUGAAAAUGGACUUGUACGAUGUCCAAUAUGUUGUGAUUAA